AUGGGAAGUGGAACAUCAAACAAUUAAUUAAACAAUUUCAGGUAUCUAUGAUUUAGAUUGGUAAGGAUGCUAUCUCUACUUUAAGAGCCUGAAAGAUUGAAAACAGAUCCAAGUGAUUUUAAUCUUAGAUGGGAUGAUACAACGUUAUUUUUGCAUAAAAAUAAACUCAAACAUUAAACUAAUCUUCUUGAAUUCAUUAGAAAUGUACCUUCAAAAAUAGUUCUAAAUUAAAAUCCAUAAAAUUUAUAAGCCUUUAAUGCUAAGUCUCCAGGGAUCAAAAAGCCAUUUCUUGAUUAUGCUACUACUAAUCUAAUUGAUUUGAUUAGGAAAUCAAAUAAAAUAGAGGUAAGAAUGUGUAUAUUGUAUGAGAAAGUAGAAAUAUCUAUGGAAAAAUAUUUGAGUAUUAAAGAAUCCUAAAUGCUAAGCUCAUAAAGGUAAAAACAACCUAGGAGAUCUUUAUAAGUCUAACAUACUUUAGAAGUUGUCUAAACUUCACAUUUAGAGAAGAGUGUAAAUGAAGAAGGCAUGGCAUAAAUUAACUAAUAUACUGUCUUAGAAUCUUUGGGACAGGGAGCCUUUGGAAAAGUUAAAAAAGCAUAAAAUUUUAAAGGCGAAAUCUUUGUAGAUAUAUUAAUUUGAUUUUAUAGGCAAUUAAAAUCGCAAAUAAAAAAAAGUUAAAAAAGAAACUGCUUUCAAAAUCAAAUGCUUAUACGAUGUUAGAAAGAGAAAUAGCUAUAAUGAAAAAGGUAUCUAGACUGUUAAUUAGAUAUCUCAUGAAAAUGUUGUUCAAUUAUUUGAGGUCAUUGAUGACCCAAAUAAAGAUAAAUUAUAUUUGGUAAUGGAAUACAUGGGCAAAGGAAGUAUAUUAAGCAAAGGAUUCUUUAAAAAAUAGAAAACUACUUCUAAUAUAUUAGAUGAAAUUGAGGAUAAAAAUCCCUUGUCUAGAUUAACAGAAGAAUAAUGUCGACAUUACUUUUCUGAUUUUAUCAAAGGAUUGUAUUAUUGUAAAAUAGUAUUUAUAUAUUAAGUACAUGAAUGUGUUAAUGUGAUUCAUAGAGAUAUUAAACCAGAAAAUCUUUUAGUCAACAUUAAUAAUUAACUUAAAAUUGCAGAUUUUGGAGUUUCUCAUAUUAUGGAAGAUGGAGGAGAUGGAAGAAUAUCCAAUUAAACAGGUACUCAAGCAUAUUUAGCUCCAGAAGUAUUUAAAGGUAUAAAUCCUAUAAAUCAUUUAGGAUAGAAUUUUGAUGGAAAGCCAGUUGAUAUUUGGGCAGGAGGUGUAACUUUGUAUUAGAUGGUCUAUGGAAAACUUCCAUUUACAAGUUAAAAGUCUAUGGAAUUGAGACAACAAAUAUUGGAAGAGAAGUUAUUUAUUUUUUUUAUUUAGUCCUCCUUUUACUUAACCCAUAGGAUUUUCUAAUUCCAUUAUUAAAUUAUUGUAAGGUUUAUUAUAAAAGGCUCCUGAAAAAAGAAUGAAAAUUGAUUAAAUAAUAAUGGAUGAUUGGUUAACUGAUUUUGGUAAGUAGCCAAUUAUUAAUUAAUUUAUUGAAUAUGUUGAUGUCACAGAAAUGGAUAUUCGAUUUGCUUUAACUAGUCUCAAUAUUUAAAUGGCUUUGAAAAUAGUUGUAAAAUUGUUGUAUUAAGCUAAAAAAGCUAGAAGGAAAAUAGCAGAAAGAAAAAAAAUGUAAAAAUGAUCAUAAAAUAAUCUUUAUAUUAGAACAUCAAUUUUAUUAUUUUGUAUUUAUGAUUCAUUACAUAAUGCAGAACUUUAGAAAUUAUUUUUAUAAUAAUGACUUUCAGGUAUUCUUCAGAACUAACACUGAACAUUUAUGAAAAACCUCCACAAAAUCCAGAAUGGCUUUAAAAGUAAGAGAAUAUAGAUUUAAUCUUGAACAAGAUAAAAUAACAUAAUUUGCUUAAGAGAAUUCAUUAUACUAAUAAUGAACAACUUUAAGUAAUGGAUCUGUUAAUUUUAAGGAAAACGACCCUUUAUUACUCAGAAGUCAUAGACUUAACAAAAAAUUAGAGGAAUUUGAUCAUUACCAUGAAGAAUAGUUAGAAACUUAUAGAAAGAUUUUACAAUCUGAUAGAGAGCAGAUAACAAAUGCUAUGUCUCAAAGAAGAAGAAUGGGUUCAUUUGUUAAGCAUGUGAGAAGCAUUAGCACAACAGUUUUGAAGCCGUACUAAAUUUAUUUUUAACAGUAGACUUAUUUAAGUCAAUAAUAUUGUAAAUCUAUAAGGGAAUGAAAAAAAGUCAGAUAACCAUAUUAUAAUGAGAUAAAAAAUUAAAUCAAUAUAGGAAAAUAGAAAAACAAUAGAUAAUUGUUCUAAAAGACUUUAAUAAUUAUUUAAAGAGGAUUCAUCUAAUUAAGUUUCCAGAGUUUAGAGUCAUUUGGAAUAAAGAUAAAAAAAGAAAAAAAUUUCAAUUGACUUAAUUAGAAACCUUUAUUGA